CAGCCCCCUGCCCGCCUCUCCUCUCCUCUCUUCCUCCUUACUGUCAAGCCCCUCUCCCAGCCCCACCCUCAGGGGCUGUCGCCUGGCCUGGAGUAUGUGUCUGCAGGGCCAAGCUGGCAGGGGCUGGGCUCAGCUGGAGAGGCAGGUGACCCUCAGGGACCCCCGGCUGCAGCCCCCUUGCCUGCCGCUCAUCUGGUCUUUCCUCUCCCCCUCCCUCCACCCCAUGCUGUGUCGUCGGGUUCACCAGAAGAGAAACCAAGGCCUAAGCUCACUGCUCCUAAGAUUCCAGAAGGAGAGAAAGUAGACUUUGAUGACAUCCAGAAGAAGCGUCAGAACAAGGACCUGAUGGAGCUGCAGGCGCUCAUCGACAGCCACUUUGAGGCGCGCAAGAAGGAGGAGGAGGAGUUGGUGGCCCUCAAGGAGAGAAUCGAGAAGCGCCGGGCCGAGAGAGCAGAACAGCAGAGGAUCCGGGCAGAGAAAGAGAGAGAACGCCAGAACAGGCUGGCGGAGGAGAAGGCCCGCCGGGAGGAAGAGGACGCCAAGCGCAGGGCUGAAGACGACCUGAAGAAGAAGAAGGCUCUGUCCUCCAUGGGCGCCAACUACAGCAGCUACCUGGCCAAGGCCGACCAGAAGAGAGGCAAGAAGCAGACAGCCCGGGAGAUGAAGAAGAAGAUCCUGGCGGAAAGACGCAAGCCGCUCAACAUCGACCAUCUGAAUGACGACAAGUUGAGGGACAAGGCCAAGGAGCUCUGGGACACUCUCUACCAGCUGGAGACGGACAAGUUUGAGUUCGGGGAGAAACUGAAACGCCAGAAAUACGACAUCAUGAAUGUCCGGGCCAGAGUGGAGAUGCUGGCCAAGUUCAGCAAGAAGGCUGGUGCCACUGCCAAGGGCAAGGUCGGAGGACGCUGGAAGUGAUGGAACCGGACAAGCCCCCUACGGCGGAGACCCUCCCGGGCCCGCACCCUGGCUCCU